AAUUUCCCUCUUCUUCUCCUCUCUUAUUACAAUCUCUCGCUUUCUGCCUUCUCUUCACAUCCACUGUAAUUUUCUCGACUAAAAGUCUAGUUAAUUCUUCAUUUUAUUCUCUAUUUGGAUUCUCAUUUUUUUCCUCUUAAUUGUUGUUCUCGAUUAACUUUCGAUAACAAUUAAUACACUUGAUCAACAACAGUAUCUGUUCAUCGACUGUUUACUCAGAUUUUUCUUUGUCUUCUUUCUUGAUUCUCUUAUUUUUUUUUCCUUUUUUGUUUCAUUUUCUCGUAGAAUCUGCAACAAGUGUCCAUUUCUUUUCUUUUUUGACCCUUACAUUUAGUUGGAUAAUUUCAUCAUAAAUCAUCGGGUUUUUUUAUUCUUCACUUUUCAAUUACCUUGUGUCAUCAUUUGCAUGUAAUCAAUUGAAAUACUUUCUAAUUAAUCCUAUUGGUUAACUACAUAUUAAUAGUUCGUGCUACUGAGUUGCCUUCACGUGUUAAUCCAAUCGUCAUCGGCCUAACUUGAUUUCUCUCGUUCAAUGUUAUAAAGUUAUCUCAUUUUCUCAACAUUAACUCAUGUGCCUUUCCAAGUGCUUCUUAUAUCGUAAAAUCACUUCGUCCUUUUGAACUUUUAUUCAUAUUCUUUUUGGAAACCCCUAUGUUAAAAUUGGUGAUUUAUAGAUAAAGCUAAAUUUCAAAUGCCGACAAUGACACCGAAAAGUGCUAAACAAGAUAUUAAAUCUUCAAAGAUAAUGGAAGACGAUCACUGUAGAUCAUUGGUAUGCGAUCCGAACGGAAUAAUUAUUGCUGAGAUGGUUUAUCGAUGUAUGAUUUGCUUUUAUCUCACUGAUACUAUGGUCGAAGCUCGACAACAUUAUACUUUAGUUCACAUGGAUGACGACGAAAGAGACGCAGAUAGACCUUGUGAAUCGUUUAUGGAAACAGAAGAUGCCAACAAUAACACGACAAGUGGAUUAAAUCAUAAUCACAAUCACAUUAACCAGUACAGUUUAAAUGGUAAAAACAGUCGACACAACCAUCACAAUUCAUUGGUACCACAAGUUAACGGACCAUAUUACAAGAACUACUCGGGAGAUGAAGGUUUGUCACCCGACGAUGGAGAUAAUUAUGAUCCCUAUUCACCAUUGGUAACUAUGACCGAAGGUCUUGAAGCUACCAAUGGAGAGAGUUCACCCAACGGUGUCGGAGGAAAGAGUGGUUAUGUUAAUUGUGCUGUAUGUGGUGUCACACGUUUCUAUUCAUGUGUCCAGCGUCGAUAUGGCCAACUCACUUGUGUUACAUGUUAUAGAUAUUUUAGAGAAUUUUCAGUUAAGCCUAAAAAGUACUCUUGUCCAUCUUUGGGUGAAUGUCCUCUCAAUGUAAGAACCCGAUGUCGAGCGUGUUGGAUUAAAGCUUGUUUGGAUGUUUUUUCUAUAGACUUGCGGAAACAACUCACCAUAAAAGAGUUUCGACCGUUUCGAUGUAAACCAGGACCAAAAGAAACAGGAAAUGGAUCACAUAGCCUCACAGCCGAAACGCUGGCUGAUCUCGCUCUACAAUCAGCGUCCACUGGACCAACGCCCGAAGGAUCUGCCGAUUCAUCUAAUGGAGACGCGCCAAUGAUAAUUACUUACAACGCCCGUGGUAAUGGGUCAUUAGAAUUAUCUUCCUCCGUCUUGAAUAAAGAUCUUACCAAUGAUAAUAUUACGAUGAAAAACAACAUUAUGAACCCGAAUUCGUCCAGCAAUGGUCACAAAGGUCGUAAACCAGAAAAACAAAUUUCGCCGAAAGUUAAACUAACCGGUAAAAAGGUUUGGUCCUGUGGUAAAUGUGCAACUUGUAUGGCGGAAGAUUGUGGUAAAUGUAUAUACUGUUUGGAUAGACCCAAAUUUGGUGGGCCGUUCAUAAAGAAACAGAGGUGCAUUAAACGCCGUUGUUUAAACAAAAUGAAGAAUAAAAUUGUCACCGGUCCUCCUCCAUUAUCUUGUUAAUUUUAGCAUCUGAAGCACAUGUUGUGUCUCAUCUCGAAUUAGGGAAAUAAGCACCAUGGGUUUGCUACUACAGCUCGAGUCAAUUGAUGGAUCGCGGCGGAUUGAAUGAUCAUCGCAUGGAAAUUGUCACAAUAAUAUGAACCAAUUAAUUUAAUAUUACAAAAAAAACAUAUAAUAAUCAAGAUACAUGUAAUGUUCAUGAUCUCUCCGGAUUUACUCAAUUAACUUUAUUUCCAAUGGUUGAUUAGAGUUACUCUUUUUUAUACAUAUUCAUAAAUAUUUAAACUAAACUAUAAAAACACAAUUGAAAUGAGUAAUUAACUCAUGAAACAAAGACGACGAAGCAAAACCACCUUGAAUCAUCAUCAUCACAAUUAAGAAGAAAAGAAAUGCCUUAAUUCCUGAUUGGAGAUCUCAUACUAAACAUUGUCACCAUUUUCACUAUUCAAACGAAGAUUGAACUUUUUUCAUCAUUUCUUCAUUUCUUCAUGUAUGAUAUAAAUUACAUUUCAUCACCAAUUCGACCUUUUCUCUCAUCAUCAUCACCAACAUCAUCAUCAUCAUCAUUAUUAUCCUCAUCUUCAUCAAUUCUACUCUUUUUCCUUUUUCUCUCUCUCUCGCUCGCUCUUUUCUCUCUGCUCUUCUUCUCGACUUUAUAAUCAACGCUUAUUCCUGAUCAUCUGCCUCAUCAUUUGCCUAAUCAUCCUCAUUAUCAUCACUACCACGUUGCUACUGCAGCUUCGAGUAUUACAACAGCAGAAACAAAAUAUCGAGAGAAAUGUAAUUUCCAUCGCAAUCGAUUCAUAAUAUCAACGAAUCAUAAUCACAAUGAGAGAAGGUAAAAGAAGGAGGUGGAAAUUGAUGAAACCAAUUGAACGCUUGAAACAAAUGUAAUCAAAUGGAAAAAAGAAAACAAAGAAAAAAAAGAAAAAGAAAAAGAAAAAGGAGAAAAAUGAAAAGCAAAGCAAAGCAAAGAAACAAAGUGAAAACAUCGAAAGCAAUAAUUGGCCUUAAAAGUGUCCUUACGAAAAUGAACGAAGAAAAGCAAAGAAACGAAAAAGAAUUGCCUUAAAUCACCUCAAUUCGCCUUAUUAAUUUGUCGCAACAAUGGAAAAGAAAUGAUGGUUUCAAUUGGCAAGGAAUAAACGAGAAAAUGAAUCGAUUACAUUUACAUUGUGUCUUGUCAAUUGAAUUAAAGCCCGUGAGAGUUUGGAUAUUUAUUAAUCUUGUGGAUUAAUCAUCUGAACGUGUAAACCUUAUUUUGAUUAUUUUUCUUACCUUUUUUAGUGUAUUUAAGCAAUAACUUGAAUUAAUUAAUCUCUUGCUCUCCUCCUUUGGUGUUUGCUUUUUCUGGUCCAGUUUUUUAUAAGCAAGAAACUAAAACAAUUAUGUAAAUCAAUUCUCUCUUUUUCUGUACUCCACAUAUUUCGGGAUAAUCCUCUUAGAAAACACUAUCAAGUAAAAUCACUAAUCCAAUACACUUAUAAAAUAUAAAAAAAUUGCAAUAAA